AUGGUUAAAUAUAAUGAAGGAUUUCAAGUAUUUAAGCCAAGAAGAAAGUUACAAUGGUUAAAAUCACUAGGAAAGGUUCAAAUAGAAUUAGAGUUACAAGAUCGUACAUUGGAAUUUGAAGUCUCGCCUAUUUAUGCUACAAUUAUUCAGUAUUUUCAACAACAAGAUAAAUGGAAUUUAAAUGACUUGGCAGAAAAAAUCAAAAUCGAACCUUCAAUGUUGAAAAGCAAGAUGAGUUUCUGGAGUGAUCGUGGUAUUUUGAAGGAAUCAUCGAAUGAUGAAUGGAUGUUAUUAGAAACUGCCGAAGAUAAUUCUAAUAAAGGGUUCGUAUCAAAUGAAGAAAGUGGUAAUAAUAUUGUACAAUCGUUAGCAGAGCAAAAAGCCGAAGAAUUUAAAAUGUAUUGGGUUUAUAUAGAAAACAUGUUAAAAAAUCUUGGUGGCAUGACUUUAGAGAAAAUUUAUGGUGUCUUAUGUUCUGUGGCCGAACCGUCAUCUUCAUCAAAUGGUAUUGAUAAUAGUUUAGAGGAUUUAAAAAUGUUUUUAAAUCAAAUGGUUGAAGAAGAUAAGUUAGAAUUUCAAGGUGGAAUUUAUAAGUUAAAAUAA